UUAAGCAGGUCAUUCAUACGAGCCUUAAAGUCCAAUUAUAAUCCAAAAGUAGUGUGAAAUGCACUAAUUAGCUGGCAUUCCAUAAGAACUCGCGUGUUUUGCCACCACCUCGUGCAGCACUGUUUACAAACGCAUAAAAGGAGUCUAUAUUCCAACGUGCAGUUUUCUUGUUAUCACUAUAAUGAAGUCUGCCACUGAGAUGGUUGUAGUGUAUGAUUAUUAUUUUUUUUAAACAAUUAUACAUACUUCAUGUGAGCAUAGCAGUGAGGGAAUUCGAUUAAUCUGGCCCGGGUGAAAGUUGAUUGCAUUUGUUUUGAAAUUGGGCUGCCUCUCGGGCAUGAGGAACUGCGAACUCGGAGAAAAAACGAUGUAAAAGUCGGAGUUCUACAAAGAUUUUCCGACUUGGAAUUCCGAUUUGGAUGACUAUUCAAAACGAUUUUCCCAGUCGGAACUUUUUUCGCCAAGUUCCCAGUUGUUAAAGGUUAAAUACAAAAUGAACGCAUUUAAAUCAGAAGUCGGAGAUUUCCGAGUUCCUAGUUGUUUUGAAUGGGGAAAAUGCCCACGCUAAAUCGUCUCAAAACAAAAGUGACAUGUAAUGAGUAGGAUUCUUAGUUUUUUCAAAAGUGAUUGCUUUUGAUAAAUCGCGUAAUCUGCCUUCCAAAUGAAAACGAGUUAGACAAUUAAAACAUAUUUUAUGGAAAUAGACGUUUUGUUGAGAACAUGACCGCGUGGCGCAGAUUAUUGUUCGAUUUGAGAAGUGUGUUAUGCGUUAACAUUUAGACUACGUUACCCAGCAGGCUAUGCGGGUGGGUGAAGAAAGCCUUGCAGGGCAAAACAUGGAGUUUUCUAGUUGAAGUAUAUGUUCAUUAAAAGUAGUUAAACCUACGCCCCGGUUUGUCAUUAUAUAAGGAACAUACAUAACAAGAAGGGCACUCAUCUCGUUCAUAUCACGGGCCAUAGACCGGUGCCCCGCGGCUCGGCAUGAUCGGGUCCGCCCAAUCAUUGGAGCGGAGCAUGAUUGGGAGCCUGAUAUUUUACGGGCUUUACCCGUUAACACGGCUUAUAAACUGCGUCACAGAACCCUUGAAAAAGGGUCCCUCUGUGUCCAUUAAUGGCAAGAAGGUGUGGGAUGGUGAAGUCCCUUCCAAAAGAUUUACUAAAACGCAGGCAGGCCUGCUGGAUCUGUGGCUCAGUACAAGCAGCGGGCCCCCAAAGGCCAAGAAGGAUCCCGGGAGAGUGACUGGGGAAUGGUUGAAGGAGAACGGUGCACUAGAAAAGGAGAAGAGUAAAGAGGCAGAGAUGAAGAAAAGCACUGUGAAAGAGGUGAUGGGGUCUGAACCAGAGAAAGACAGGAAAGAGCCUGUAUUAGUAACUCUGGAGGGUCGGCUGCUUGGUGGAGUGAAGGAAGAUGAGCCAGAGGUGAGAGACGGCGUGGAGGAGGACGGGGUCAGAGAGGAAGGUCAAAAGCAGCAGGACCAGGAGCAGACUAUCCUCUACUCAGAGAAGCUCAUGAGGGAUGAUGGCGUGCAGGAGGCUCCCUGUUCCCCCACAGAGGAGUCUGAGAACAGUAACCCAGCGCUGGAGCUAACAACAGAGACAUCUGAAGUACAGAAUCCAUCAGUCAAGGACAGCAGGACAACAGACGAUAAAGUGAUGGUCCAUGUCCAGUUAGAACAGAUAGUGGAAAAGAUGAGCAUGGGAGAGUCAGUAACCAAGGCCCAGAUGCAAAAACCGAAGUGGGAGAGCCAGACUGCAGCUGGACUAGACUUGAGCUCUUUUGUAGACCCACAUGCAAGCACUAGUGAAGUGCCUGCUGAGAUAUGGGAUCCUGGGCUGGACCUGGUCUCCCUUCUCUGUGAGGCAGAGGCCCAGACACAGCCGUGGGAGAGUAGGGCUCAGCCCCCACCCAGGGGCUGGCAUUUCCCCAUCGGCCCUGGCCUGGAAGAGGUGUUGUUCUGCCCUUCCACAGCGUUCCCAAGCAUGAGCUACUACCCACAUUCACUGGAGAGAGAGACCUUCGAAGUGGUGUGGAGAGUGUGGGAGGAACUCAGUGAGACCCACACAGCGCCAGAGCCUCCCCAGAGGACCCCCUCAGAGCCCCGGCCCCUGUUUGACUUCACUGUGAUGUCUUACAACAUCCUGGCCCAGGACCUGCUGGAGGCCAACCAGGAGCUGUACACACACUGCCCUCUAGGGGUGUUGAGCUGGGAGUACCGCUUCCCAAACCUCACACAGGAGUUCAAGAAAUGGGAACCAGAUAUCCUGUGUUUGCAAGAGGUCCAGGAGAACCAUUUUACAGAGCAACUCCAUCCUGUCCUUCGUGACAUGGGCUACACCUGUGUUUACAAGCGGCGCACCGGCACCAAGACUGACGGCUGUGUGGUUUGUUACCGCAGCAACCGUUUCUCCCAGGUGUCAGAGAGUCUGCUGGAGUUCUACAGGCCAGAGUGUGAGCUGCUGGACCGAGACAACGUGGGCAUUGUCCUGCUGCUCCAGCCAAUUAUCACACAGGGGUCAGAAGUCACUGCCAAGGGCCCACCCCUCUGUGUGGCAACCACCCACCUCCUGUUCAACACCAGGAGGGGUGACGUGAAGCUGACCCAGCUUGCAAUACUGCUGGCAGAGAUCGACUACAUCGUGAGGAACUGCAAGGUGAAGGGAGAGCACUGCAAUGUUGUUCUAUGUGGGGACUUCAAUGCGCUUCCCAACAUGCCACUGUACCAACUGAUCACGACAAGACAGCUUUACUAUCAUGGUCUACCUGCCUGGAUGAUAUCAGGUCAAGAGGACCUGUCCUACAACAUCCAUCAUAGGAGGGUAUUCGCUCCCCUUUGGCCAAGCACCGUGGGCAUCGAUGACAACUGCCAGUACACAACUGUAAAUGACCCAAAGAGUCAAGUCACGUCAACCCAGAGUCCAGAACGGAACCUGCAGUACAACCAUGGCUACCUGCGUCAGCUGCGUUUCUGUGAGGCUGCCUGUGUCCGGCCACAGGACCUGGAGCUCAUCCCAGGGGUCACUGACAACACACCUGAUCCUGAGGACAAGCAUCCUUAUACAACAAGGUUCAGACAGACCAUCUCCCAUUACCUGAACCUGCGGUCAGCCUACGGCCACUUCAUCCCUGGAACAGACCGUGCUGAGGUGACCACGCUGCACUCCGAGGUAGGAGCUACGGUCGACUACAUCUUCUACUCUCCAAGGCGUGGCAUUUCUGGUGCUGAUCAGAAAGGUGGAGGUCAACGGCAGAGCGAAGGUCUGAAGCUGCUUGGUCGGCUCUCCCUCCUACCAGAGGAGGACCUCUGGUCAAUGAACGGUUUACCCAAUGAAAUGUUCCCCUCGGACCACCUCAGUCUCCUGGCCAAGUUCCAGCUGGACCUGAAUCCUGUGUGAUUUGGGCUGUCUAUGGUCAAUGAAGAAUCAGGAGGACAGAUUUCAAGCAUUUAAAUUUUUUUGUUCAAACCUUACAUGAUUUGCCCAUGGCACAAUUCCAUGUUUAAAAGUGAAUAAUUGUACUUACUUGGUUCCUGGGGCUCACAGAGAGUUUUGAGUCCCAUCUAAUACUCUGCUUGUUUCCUACCUGAAGAAAAACUACUCAGCCCAAUUUCCAGAGGAGAUGGGAUGUCAUCUGAAUGAUUAUUUUUGUUUACAUGUAUAGAGGGCUGGGGGAAAAAAGAACCAAAAAGGUUAGAUUCAGUUGGAGUUUAUUUGACAAAUGCUCUUACUGUUAAGAUAUGAAUACAAGAAGCUUUUAGAUGUAAACGUUUUUUUAAUGGGGAUUAUGUUUACUCAGUUUGUUCACAAUCUGCUACACUGGUAAAUUGGAACAUUCGUCUUAAAACAUUUACAAACUGUGAAAUAAUUGAAUGUCAAUGUUUUCUAUUUAUUUUGUUGUUUUUCCCCUUAUCCUCUGGCUUUGGGCCUGUCAGUAUUAUUUGUUCAAAUGGUAGAAAUCUUGAAUAAAUCUAACAAUAGCUUGGCAGUACUAA